AUGGGGUGCGCUCUGUCGGGUUCUGGGAUCGCCCCGGGGAAGACCAUCUCGGAGUCCAAGCGGAGCCCGUCGUCGGAAAACCUAGCGGCGCCGAAAGCGGGACCGGGGCACGGAGGCGACGGGCUGGGGGCAGGUCCCUUUCCGCUGGCGGACGCGCAGAAGGAGCGGAUCCAGGAGUCCUGGCGGAUCCUGCACGACAAUAUCGCUCGGGUCGGCAUCAUUGUCUUUAUCAGGUUAUUCGAGACCCACCCUGAGUGCAAAGACGUCUUCUUCCUCUUCCGGGACAUCGAGGACCUGGAGCAGCUCAAGAUGAACAAGGAGCUGCGAGCCCAUGGCCUGAGGGUGAUGUCCUUCAUUGAGAAAAGCGUGGCCCGGCUGGACCAAGAGGACAAGCUGGAACAGCUGGCCUUCGAGCUCGGCAGAAGUCACUUCAGAUACAAUGCCCCUCCCAAGUACUAUGAGUACGUGGGCAUCCAGUUCAUCAGCACGGUGCAGCCCAUCCUCAAGGAGCGCUGGACGCCGGAAGUGGAGGAGGCCUGGCAGAGUCUGUUCAAGUACCUGACGGACACGAUGAAACGGGGGUACUACGAGGAAGAGGAGAAAUUGGGCAGCAUCAAAUCCCUUGCCUUGAGGAAACCCGGGACUGGAUCCAUCCUGAACAGCAUAUAGGUCCAAGAGCGGGCGGCGUAGCGCUUGGCUUGGCUUGCUGUGAUAUUCCCAUAGGACCUCUCCUUCCCCCUGUGCACAAGGAACUGCCCUCGCUUGUUACUUUCACAGGCUGUGAUUCCAGCUGAAUCCAGCUGUGAUUCCAGUGCAGAGGCUGGAUUUUUGCUGCUGGUCGGAGGCCCCAUCUGUGUAGCCGGGGUCCCCCCCAGGGGUCACCGCAGCAGGUAGAGGCAGUAAACUAUCUCUGAACCCUUUCUACUUUGGGUAUAGGCAGUUCUGGGUGAGCUUCCUGGAAGGGAAAAGGGGCCGAGAACAGGAGUCGGCUUUAGAGACCGGCGUGAGGGCCUUGAUUUCUAUAUAUG